AUGGGAAGCGCCGUGAAGUUAGGAGGUGGCGGCGGCGCAAACGGCAGCGCCGACCGCACCAAUUCCGGCAUUGGGAUUGGGGGCGGUAGCACCCUCGCCGGACCAGACGAGAACACCCCCUUGAUCAACGGCCACUCCGGCUCUGACGGCAACGGUGACGACCCGGGAUUCUGGCGCCAGGUGCUCCUCGACCCGAGGCACACCCCCGGCACCGACAGCUCGAAUCACGCCGUGCGCUAUUCGGCCCAUGUGUUCAACGUCACCAAGGCCACGCUGCUGAGUAGCCCCGUAAAUAUCUUGCUCGUUUUUGUGCCCCUGGGUAUCAUUGCUGGCGUCAAGGAGUGGAGCGCCACAGCUGUCUUCACCCUAAACUUUUUUGCCAUCAUCCCCCUCGCAGCAAUUCUGUCAUUUGCCACAGAGGAGAUCUCGUCGAAGCUCGGCGAGACUCUAGGUGGUCUGCUGAAUGCUACCUUUGGCAAUGCUGUCGAGCUGAUUGUCAGUAUUGUGGCGCUUCGAGAUGGCCAGAUUCAAGUCGUGCAGUCAUCCAUGCUUGGGUCAAUCUUGUCAAAUCUGUUGCUGGUCAUGGGCAUGUGCUUCUUCCUAGGCGGUCUCUGGAACAACAUGCGCGGUGAUGUGGGCUCAGAGCAAAGCUUUGCGAGUGGCACGGCGCAAACUACCUGCUCCCUCAUGGCUGUCUCGUCCGCUUCUAUGAUUAUUCCUGCUGCGCUCUACAGUAUGCUCGACCAUGCCGAUGAACACGACAAGGAAGCCAGCAUCCUCCUGCUAUCGCGCGGCACCUCCAUCAUCCUUCUGCUGCUGUACGUCCUCUACCUGUACUUCCAGCUGCGGACCCACAAGAACCUCUUCAACCCGGACCCAGAAACUUUGGCUCCUCAGGACGAUACCGAGGAGGAAGAAGAGGUGCACAUGAGCGCCUGGUCCGCAGCCGCCGUGCUUGUUGCUGUGACCGUCGUCAUCGCUGUGUGCGCAGACUACCUCGUGGACAGCAUCGACGCCAUCGUCGCGACCGGAAAGAUCAGCAAGAAUUUUAUCGGUCUGAUUCUGAUCCCCAUCGUAGGCAACGCGGCCGAGCAUGUGACGGCUGUGUUGGUGGCUGUGCGGAAUAAGAUGGAUCUGGCUAUGGGUGUUGCUGUUGGAUCCAGUAUCCAGAUUGCGCUGCUCGUAACCCCUUUCCUCGUCAUUCUUGGCUGGAUCAUGGGAGUACCGAUGACCCUUCAAUUCGAGACUUUCGAGACAGUUGCCUUCUUCAUCUCUGUGGUGGUUGUCACCUACACUGUGCAAGACGGCAAAUCCAACUAUCUUGAGGGCGCUAUGUUGAUGGGCCUCUACGUCAUCAUCGCGCUGGCCUUCUACGCCAGUCCCAGUGAAGCCCUCGACAAGGUCCUAGUCUUCGUGGGCCGCUCGAAUUAA